UAUGGCCGCGGAAGAGGUAUUGCAGACUGUGGACCAUUAUAAGACCGAGAUAGAGAGGCUGACCAAGGAGCUCACGGAGACGACCCACGAGAAGAUCCAGGCGGCCGAGUACGGACUGGUGGUACUGGAAGAGAAGCUGACCCUCAAACAGCAGUAUGACGAGCUGGAGGCUGAGUAUGACAGCCUCAGACAGGAGCUGGAGCAGCUGAAAGAGGCAUUUGGGCAGUCCUUCUCCAUCCACCGUAAGGUUGCUGAGGAUGGAGAGACUCGGGAGGAAACGCUUCUGCAGGAGUCAGCAUCGAAGGAAGCUUACUAUCUGGGGAAGAUCUUGGAGAUGCAGAACGAACUGAAACAGAGCCGGGCUGUGGUCGCCAACGUGCAGGCAGAAAAUGAGAGGCUCACAGCCGUCGUGCAGGAUCUGAAGGAGAACAAUGAGAUGGUGGAGCUACAAAGAAUACGGAUGAAGGAUGAAAUCCGAGAAUAUAAAUUCCGAGAGGCCCGCCUCCUUCAGGACUAUACUGAACUAGAAGAGGAGAACAUCACGCUGCAGAAACUGGUGUCCACGUUAAAGCAGAACCAGGUUGAAUACGAAGGUUUAAAGCAUGAGAUUAAGCGAUUUGAGGAGGAGACGGUACUGCUGAACAGCCAACUGGAAGAUGCCAUCCGGUUGAAAGAAAUAGCUGAGCACCAACUGGAAGAAGCCCUUGAGACCUUAAAAAAUGAAAGGGAGCAAAAGAACAGCCUGCGGAAGGAGCUCUCCCAGUACAUCACCCUCAAUGAUAACCAUAUCAGCAUUUCAGUCGAUGGACUCAAGUUUGCAGAGGAUGGAAGUGAACCCAACAAUGAUGACAAAAUGAACGGGCAUAUCCACGGACCCCUUGUGAAACUGAAUGGAGACUAUCGGACUCCCACUUUAAGGAAAGGAGAGUCUCUACACCCUGUUUCUGACUUAUUCAGUGAGCUGAACAUCUCAGAAAUACAGAAAUUGAAGCAGCAACUUAUGCAGGUAGAGCGGGAAAAGGCCAUUCUUCUGGCCAAUCUCCAGGAGUCACAGACGCAGCUGGAACACACCAAGGGGGCACUGACGGAGCAGCACGAACGGGUGCACCGGCUCACGGAGCACGUUAAUGCCAUGAGGGGCCUGCAGAGCAGCAAGGAGCUCAAGCAGCUGGACGGGGAAAAGGGCCGGGACUCGGGAGAGGAGACCCAUGACUACGAGGUGGACAUCAAUGGCUUAGAGAUCCUUGAAUGCAAAUACAGAGUGGCAGUUACUGAGGUGAUCGAUUUGAAAGCUGAAAUUAAGGCCUUAAAGGAGAAAUAUAAUAAAUCUGUAGAAAACUAUACUGAAGAGAAGGCGAAGUAUGAGAGUAAGAUCCAAAUGUAUGAUGAGCAGAUUACAAGCCUUGAGAAGACCACCAAGGAGAGUGGAGAGAAGAUGGCCCAUAUGGAGAAGGAGUUGCAAAAGAUGACCAGCAUAGCCAAUGAAAAUCACAAUACCCUUAAUACAGCCCAGGAUGAGUUGGUGACAUUUAGUGAGGAGCUAGCUCAGCUUUACCAUCAUGUAUGUCUGUGUAAUAAUGAAACCCCUAACAGGGUCAUGCUGGACUACUAUAGGCAAAGUAGAGUCACCCGUAGUGGCAGCCUGAAAGGGCCUGAUGAUCCCAGGGGACUUUUGUCUCCACGGUUAGUCAGGCGGGGUGUGUCAUCCCCUGUAGAAACAAGGACCUCACCUGAACCAGUUUCAAAAGAAAACACAGAGGCCAGCAAAGAGCCAAGUCCAACCAAGACUCCCACCAUCUCGCCUGUUAUUACUGCCCCACCAUCAUCUCCAGUAUUAGACACAAGUGACAUCCGCAAAGAACCAAUGAAUAUCUACAACCUUAAUGCCAUAAUCCGGGACCAAAUCAAACAUCUGCAGAAAGCUGUGGACCGGUCCUUGCAACUGUCUCGUCAAAGAGCUGCGGCACGGGAGCUGGCCCCCAUGAUUGAUAAAGACAAAGAAGCCCUAAUGGAAGAGAUCCUCAAGCUUAAGUCCCUACUGAGCACCAAACGGGAGCAGAUCGCCACACUGAGGGCAGUGCUGAAAGCCAACAAACAGACAGCUGAGGUGGCAUUAGCUAAUCUCAAGAACAAAUAUGAAAACGAAAAAGCAAUGGUGACUGAAACUAUGACGAAACUUAGAAAUGAACUGAAGGCUUUGAAAGAAGAUGCAGCAACUUUCUCAUCCCUGAGAGCAAUGUUUGCAACAAGAUGUGAUGAAUAUGUCACACAGUUGGAUGAGAUGCAGAGACAGUUAGCAGCUGCAGAGGAUGAGAAGAAGACUCUAAACACUUUGUUACGAAUGGCUAUCCAGCAAAAACUCGCCCUGACCCAGCGGCUGGAGGACUUAGAGUUUGACCAUGAGCAGUCCCGUCGCAGCAAAGGCAAACUUGGAAAGAGCAAGAUCGGCAGCCCUAAAGUAAGUGGGGAGGCAUCAGUCACCGUGCCCACCAUAGACACUUACCUCCUGCAUAGUCAGGGCCCACAGACACCCAACAUUCGGGUCAGCAGUGGCACUCAGAGGAAAAGACAAUUUUCACCUUCCCUUUGUGAUCAGAGCCGUCCCAGGACUUCAGGGGCUUCCUACCUACAGAAUUUAUUAAGAGUUCCCCCUGAUCCCACCUCCACAGAGUCAUUUCUUCUGAAGGGCCCCCCUUCCAUGAGUGAAUUCAUCCAAGGGCACCGGCUCAGCAAGGAAAAAAGGUUAACCGUGGCUCCACCAGCAAAAAGAGAUUGUCAGCAGCCUGCUGCCUCCGUACCGCCACAGCGCUCACAACUAGCCGGGGGGCAAGACUGCCCGACUCUCAGUCCUGACAUAGCUCUGCCCGAUGAGCAGCCACAUUCCAGCUCGCAGUGCGCCCCUCUCCACUGUCUCUCCAAGCCUCCUUACCCCUAGUCUUCAUCUCCCGUGGACGAAUACCUGGGGUGAACGUUUUGUAGCCACACACAGGAUACUGCCCAAGAUCCAGCUGGUGUUUUCUUCUCGGUGGUUAGUUGUUUGAUUGAAUUAAUGGCCAUCAUUUUGGAAGAUGAGAGGAAGUUGGGAAGAAUAACACAAAGCACAGACUCUGGUGUGAUAAAACACUCUAUGGUUUCUCUAAGUCACAGAUAAACUUCUGCAAUCAAAUGGCUACAGUUCAGUUAAAUCAAAAUAAACGAAACAGGAAAUAUGUAUCUCAGAUGGCUGGCUUUACCUCGAUAGCUUAAGAGAGACCUCAGACAAUGUAAAAUACAUAUAUUGUAAAAUCAUCUUUCCUUACACUUCAAAUUCAGCUAUAGAAGUUGAUUCUAAUUUUUUGGUCAUUGAUAUUUACUUUGUACUUUACUUGC